AUGUCCGAAGAUAAUUUGAGACCUACAUACGAUGAUCAACCGUCUGAUGAUGCCUAUAAGAGAGGUCCACAAUACAAGAUAACUCAAGCUCGUAAGGAGGAUCUAGAAGGUAAUAAUAAAGAAGAAAAAGAAAGUGAAGAACCUGAAAAGAAAAAACAACGUGUUGGAAGACCACCUGAAUUAGAUUCAAAUGGCAAUCCAAUACCAAAGGAACCAAGAAAACCAAAACGUAAAGUCGCUGUUAUGGUUGGUUAUUGUGGUGCUGGAUACCAUGGUAUGCAAUACAAUCCCCCUCAUCCAACUAUUGAAGAUGCUUUAUUCAAAGCAUUUGUUGAAGCGGGUGCAAUUUCUAAAGAUAAUUCGAAUGAUCUAAAGAAGAAUGGGUUUAUGAGAGCUGCAAGAACUGAUAAAGGUGUUCAUGCAGGUGGUAACUUGAUUUCUUUGAAGAUGAUUAUUGAGGAUCCGGAUAUUAAAGAGAAGAUUAAUAAAGCACUACCAGAAGGUAUUAGAGUAUGGGAUAUCACCAGAGUAAACAAAGCCUUCGAUUGUAGAAAAAUGUGUGGUUCUCGUUGGUAUGAAUAUUUGCUACCUACUUACUCUUUGAUUGGUCCAAAACCAAACUCUAUUCUUUAUAAUGAUAUUGAAGAAAGUAGAAAAGAAUUACCUGGUGUUCUUGAUGAUGAUGCUGAAUCUAUUGAAUUUUGGGAAAAUUUGAAGAAAGAUGUAAAUGAAAAUUUCACUGAAGAACAGAUUGAACAAAUUCAAAAUUAUACUCCACCACCAAAGGACGAGUUCCAAGAAUCAGAAGCUGUGUAUCAAAUGGUUAAGAAAUAUAAAGCUUUAGAAUAUGCUCAUCGUAGAAAAUACAGAAUUUCUGCUGAAAAAUUAGAAAAAUUCCGUUCUGCAAUGAAACAAUACAUUGGUGCUCAUAAUUUCCAUAAUUUUACCUUAGGAAAGGAUUUCAAAGAUGCUAGUGCAAUUAGAUUCAUGAAAAAGAUUAAAGUUUCUGAUCCAUUUGUCAUUGGUGAUGCAAAGACUGAAUGGGUCUCUAUUAAGAUCCACGGUCAAUCUUUCAUGUUACAUCAAAUCCGUAAGAUGAUUUCUAUGGCUGCUUUGAUUGCACGUUGUGGUACCCCAGUAGAACGUAUAAGUCAAGCUUAUGGUCCACAAAAGAUUAAUAUUCCAAAGGCACCAGCUCUUGGUCUUCUUUUGGAGGCUCCAGUUUUUGAGACUUACAACGAUAGAUUACAAAAAUUUGGUUACACUCCUAUUGAUUUCUCCAAAUAUCAAGAAGAAAUUGAUGCAUUUAAGAUGAAACAUAUAUAUGAUAAAAUUUACAAAGAAGAAGUCGAUGAAAACGUUUUUAAUGCAUUUUUUGCCUAUAUUGAUAGUUUUAACAAAGUUACUGGUGCUCAAGGAGAAGAAACUGAAGAUAAGAAGGGUAAGAAUGUUCAAAAGAGUAUAUUCGAAUUUUUAACUGCCAGAGGUAUUCCUGAACUUGAAACAAAUGAAACUCCAAAAAAAAUCGACGGAAAAACUACUGACAAAAAAGAAGAAUCCAAACCUAAGGAGGAUCAAUCAAUAGUUGAGUCUACAUCUGACGUUGUAGAUGCCCAAACUUAA